AUGUAUUAUCAAUUGAUUGGAGUUGUUGUAAUCGUGGCUCUGGUGGCAAGCUCUAGCCCCACCACUUGGUCGGAUCAGUAUCAGUAUUAUGAUGACGGUGACUAUGUGGACAAUGGGACAUACUAUUUGAUCUACAAGAAACCGGUGGAAGAGCCACCUCAAUCACAGAUCAUACGUCAUUCCAUGAGUAAUCAUCUGCCACUCAGUUACUUUGGCAAUAUCUCAAGUAAUCCGCAUAUAAACGCACUGGAAAUGCUCGAUGAACUGCCCACACGGAUUGUUGGCGGCAAGAAGAUCGGUUGCAGAGUGGCCCCUUACCAGGCGGCCGUGCAUUUCGAAGGGUACUUCAUCUGUGGCGGGGUCAUUAUAUCGAGACGCUGGAUACUCACGGCCCACCACUGCAUUGUGGGUCGUGCUGGCAAAUACCAGGUGCGUGUGGGAUCAACUCAACAGAGGCGUGGCGGUCAGUUGCGACGCGUGGAACUAAUUGUGGCCAAUAAGAACUACAACAAGAACACCAUGCAAAAUGAUAUCGCUCUCCUCAAGCUGCGCAAUCGCCUCAAAUAUGGACCAUGUGUUAAACGGGCAUACUUGCCGCCUCUUAAAUUGAAGACUCUGCCACGCUGCUUUCUGGUCAGUGGUUGGGGUCUCACCUCGGCCAGUGCCACGAAUGUCCAACGUUAUUUACGCGGUGUUGUUGUCUGCAAAACGAGCCGCUGGACAUGCGCCCGGGCCUAUGGUAAGGCCGGAGUUCAGAUCUAUAGACAAAUGCUUUGCGCCCGGCGCAAGGGACGAGACAGUUGCUCCGGAGACUCUGGUGGUCCACUUGUACACAGUGGCAUUGUCUAUGGCAUUGUGUCCUGGGGCAUUGGCUGUGCCAACUACAAGUAUCCCGGUGUCUAUGUGAGAGUGAAAAGAUUUGUCAAAUGGAUACGAAAAUGUAUGCGAAAAUACUAA